AUGAAAGACCGUUCCGAACGGGCAGGUUCACCGUUCUGGAAAGGCAGAUCAGUCUCCCAGAAUCAGGGUAUGCCCAACUCGCAUGAGCAAAGCCCCGUGGUCGGCGCAUCUUAUUCGCAUGCAGAUAUCUUAAAAGGUAUAGCACAGCAGCAUGCUCCCCCACGGACGCCACCCCGCUCGUCAUCUCAUCACCCGCAGCCGGUCUCGUCCCCGUCCUCUCAUCGACCGGCGAUCUGGGUCGCCUCCCCUCGCACUUCAUACACUGAUAUUAUGGACCAAGGAAUGGACUCGUGGGACCGCCCCAAGACAAGGGAUGACGCUGACGUGGACGACGAGGAAGAGGAAGAGGAUAUCGUGUAUGAUGAUGACGAAGAUGAAUUCGGCCUGCCAACUAUUGCCAGCAUGCGGCGAAAGCAGGCUCAAAGCGUUGCUACGAAACAGCCCAAGACCGUCGGUCCGGGCGGGGGAGGCCUCGGGAAGCUUGAUACCACCAGUCUUGGGGUGAACUCGGGGAGCAAUAGGCAGCGUGCCGACAGUUCGGAUAUUGCUGAGGAACGUGGCCUUCCUAUGUACCCAACUGCUCGGAAGGGCGAGGGGAAAAUCCUCCGCCCGCAGUACAAGGACAUCUUGAGAGACCCUGCAAAUGCGUUACAUCUCAUCAACCACGGCCCACCCCCCAAGAACGCGCCCCCCAAGGAGAUGGAUCAGUAUUCGAGUCGCAUAUCAAGGAUCAACAAGUUCAAACGUCUCCUACAAACAAGCACGGUUCCGUUGGCCGAGCUGCGGAAUCUGGCGUGGUCCGGGGUCCCGGACGAGGUACGAGCCAUGACCUGGCAGCUUCUCCUGGGCUAUUUGCCUGCGAAUAGUGAGCGACGGAUCUCGACACUCGAAAGGAAACGCAAGGAAUAUCUGGACGGGGUCCGCCAGGCCUUUGAACGAAACAGUGCCCCAAAUGCUCCCACCCCACCCGCCCCGUCCACAGGGCGUGGUAGAGGCCUCGACGAGGCAAUAUGGCAUCAGAUCAGCAUAGAUGUCCCUCGAACGAGCCCUCAUAUCCAGCUCUACGGUUACGAGGCAACGCAGCGCUCCUUGGAGAGGAUCCUCUAUGUAUGGGCCAUCCGACAUCCCGCCAGUGGCUACGUGCAAGGGAUCAACGAUCUUGUAACGCCCUUUUGGCAAGUCUUCCUCGGCGUCUACGUCACCGACCUGAACGUUGAGGCGGACAUGGACCCAGGGCAACUCCCGAGAAGCGUCUUGGAUGCCGUCGAGGCGGACUCGUUCUGGUGCCUGACCAAGCUCUUGGAUGGAAUCCAGGACAACUAUAUAUACGCCCAACCAGGGAUCCACCGGCAGGUCGGGGCCCUGCGCGACCUGACCAUGCGCAUUGAUUCUACACUUGCGAAGCAUCUAGAGAACGAGGGGGUUGAAUUCAUGCAAUUUAGUUUCCGAUGGAUGAAUUGUUUGCUCAUGCGGGAAAUGAGCGUGCAGAACACGAUCCGGAUGUGGGAUACAUAUAUGGCCGAGGAGCAGGGAUUCUCGCGAUUUCAUCUAUAUGUGUGCGCCGCAUUCCUCGUCAAGUGGUCGGAACAGUUGGUGAAGAUGGAUUUUCAGGAAAUCAUGAUGUUUUUGCAGGCACUCCCGACCAAGGAUUGGACCGAGAAGGAUAUUGAACUCCUAUUAAGCGAAGCUUUCAUUUGGCAGAGUCUCUUUCAAGACUCCCGCGCUCAUUUGCGCCCGGCCGGAGACCGGUCUCCCGAGAAUGGCUUUCAGUGA